CUGGCACCUAAAUAAAGACUGCAGCUCUUCUUCCCUCACAAAGAGCCGACGAAUUUUGAUGCACAAUAACCAGGAAAAAUGUUCAAGCGAAGCGAGAAAAAGAUCAAAGCAGUCUUCAAGAUGCAGUUUCAGGCAACACAGGUGCCGCAGCUCAAAUCAAAAAGCCUCAUUGUUUCUCUGGUUCCAGUAGAUGUAGGAAAGCCUACAGUCAGAUUAUCAAAAUCACCAAUUGUUGAAGGAACCUGCACCUGGGAAAAUCCUGUAUACGAAACUGUAAAGCUGAUCAAGGAGGUUAAAUCAGGGAGAAUCAGAGAAAAGUUCUACUAUGUGAUUGUAUCAACAGGGUCCUCAAAAUCGGGCUUUCUCGGAGAAGUCUCAAUUGAUUUUGCAGAUCUAGCAGAUGCCUACAAACCAGUGAAUUUAACUCUCCCUCUACAGACUUCUAAAUCGGGUGCAGUGUUGCACGUCACAGUUCAGAACAUGAACGGAUGCCCUGAUUCAAGAUAUGAUGAGGAUAGUGAGACCCCAGUGGAGGAAUCAUGUGAGACGAAUAUGGAUGCUGCUGUCUUUGGAAAGAGAACCCCAAAAUCUCCUGAAAGUGAUGAUUUGAGUGAAGCAGCAUCCAUGCACAAUGGACAACAUGGAAGCUUUGGAGAUGCAGAAUCAGAUUAUAAUGAUGCUGAAUCAAGAGAUGGAGUGAAAGGGACUUCACUGGCAAAUCAAAUGAAAGUGUUGGAGAGGAAGGCGGAACUUUCAGAUUUAGAAGUGCAGGCUCUUCGUAAGCAAAUCAUGAAAGAAACCAAGAGAGGACAGCAAUUAUCGGAGCAAAUUGAUUGCCUAAAGGAGGAAAGAGACACUCUUAAAGGAGAAUGUGAGCGACUCAAGGUCUCAGCACGUGAGGAUGCAUUUUCAAGUCAUACUCCAAAAGAGACUGAAAAUAUGAAUGUGUUGCUUGAAAAGGUGAAGCAAGAGCUUCAACAUGAGAAACAUCUAAACAAAAAGUUGAAGUUACAUCUACAGGAGACAGAAGAUUCUAAUUCUGAAUUCGUUCUUGCUAUGAGAGAUCUUACCAAAAAAUUGGAUCAGAAAAAUGAAGAAAUAUCUCGACUUUCAAGCAAAAUUAAGGCCCUCCACUAUGGUGCAGAGGGUAUUGCAGCAUUACCUAGAAUGAGAAGUAAUGAACUAGAAGACCUGGAGAGGAAGCACGGACAUGUUGAAGAUGUUGAAAUAUUGAAGCAGAAAAUUGGGAGUCUCCAUACAGAAAUAGAAGCUCUCAAGAAAGAGAAUUCAGAGAUAAAAGUACAAGUUGAGAGGCUUACUGAGGAUUACGAUAGUUUAGAGGCAGAAAACAAGGCUAUACGCUCCAAGUUCGAACAAAGCGUUACGGAAAAGAUGGAACUUGAGCAAAGUUGUACAGAAUUCUUGGCUGUAGAGAAUAAACUCAAACUCCAGAUAGUAAACUUGGAAGUGGAAAACAAAAGGCAGGCGCGUCAAUACUCAGAGUCCCUGAAUAUCAUUGAUGAGAUUGAGUUUCAAGUUGAGAACCUGCAAAAAGAAUUGGAUAUGCAGGCGCAAAUAUUUCAGGAAGAUUUGGAAGCAGUAACUGAGUUGAAAGUAGAGCAGGAGCAGAGGGCCAUACAAGCUGAAGAUGCCUUAAGGAAAAUGAGGUUGAGCAAUGCAGCGGCGACUGAGCGACUCCAGGAGGACUUUAAACGUAUUUCUGCUGAGAUGUCACUAAAAGUUGAGGAGAAUGAAAAACUAGCCCAGAAAGCAGUUGCAGAAGCUAAUGAUCUGCUUCAAAAAAAUGAAGAUUUAGAAGGAUUGCUCCAGAAAGCCAAAGAAGAACUUCAAAUCAUUAAAGAAAAACAUGAAAGAACAAUCAGAGAGCAUUCAGAACAAAAUGAAUCAAUUUCUGGAGGUAAAUCCUAUCAGAAAACUACUAGAGAAUCAGAAACACUCCAGAGAUGGCAAUCAGAAAAGGAAAAUCUGGAGAGACAACUAGAUUCGGUGAGGAAGGAAGCAGAAAGAUUUAAGCAUGAAAAUGUCUCCAUGAAGUCUCAAAUAGAGCAGAAGAAAACCAAAGAAGAUAACUUGCUAUUACAAAUGAAGAAGCUGAGAAUCACAAAUAACGAAGCCAAAAGUCAUCUACUAGAACUAGAACAGGAGAAAGAAAGCCUGAAGAUAGAGAUGUUAAAAUUACAAGGCAACCUCUGCAAAAAGGAAAAGGAACUGGAGAAAGCGAAACUUCAAAUUUCUGUAAAUUCUCCAGCGAAGGAACAGAAUCUUAAAUGUAGCACCACAGAAGUCAGAAAAUAUCAGGAAACUAUUCCAUUGCAAAUUAGUGGUCAAUCCAAUGGUGGAUGUGAUGUCUCCAGCUUGGUGGGUGAAGUAGCAUCCUUGAAAGAGAGAAACAAAAGCAUGGAGGAAGAGUUGAAGGAGAUGCAUGACAGAUAUUCAGAAAUAAGUCUCAGAUUUGCAGAGGUAGAAGGUGAACGACAACAACUUGUUAUGGCCCUCCGUAAUAUAAAAAAUGGAAAGAAAAACUAGUUUACUGCGAUAGCGUUGAAACCCAAUCACAUUAGCAUUUAGGCACAGAACAUAUGAUAUGCAAAUCAACAAUUUCCAUCACAUGUGACCCAAUUUGUUGGUUGGUUUCUUAUCCUUCAGAACCAAAAGCAAUAUGAACAAGUUCUUCAGUAUU